UUCUGUUGAUCAGUGCUCUACUUUGGCUAUAAUUGAUCAGAUUAUACCGGACACCGUGAGACACAGCUUUGUGCUGGUUGGAAAUGAAGCCGUUUUCCUCCCACUUUUCUUCUUCGGACAGUUUCUCCAAACCUGUAAACUGUAUCAUCAUCCCUCAAGCCUUCGCUGGGCUGCUUGGUGCGUUACUGUAAAAGAAGAAACAUUUGACUGAUUAGGCCUACGAGUAGCCUACCACUCCGUCUCCUCCUCUCCGCCUUUCUCACUCUGCCAUUGGUUAGCACGGGGCAGGCUCCGGGAUGAUGAUGCCUGGAAAGGGGGGUAAACUCGGAGCGCACGUCUCCCCUGCUGCGCACACACGCACAGCAAAAGUGAAGUGAAGAUGCUUUUUCCCUUUCGACAAACAGUCCAGCCCGCGAGCCGUUCACUUCUCCUGCUGCCGCUGCUCCUCCUUCUCCCAACAGAGCGUCCAACUGUCCGCUUCCCUGGUUUACACGAGGAACUUGCGCAGCCGGGGCUCGUCCAGCUCGGAGGAGGAGGCAAGAGCAGGCAUCAGAGACCCGGAGCACCGUCGGCUCUAUAGCGUAUCCGUGGAGAGCUACGCGUCGGUAUGGACGCGCUGACAAAAGGACGUUACCUCGUUCUGAGGGGCCUCCUGCUGCUUAUUUAUUGUACAGCAUCGGUCAUCUCCAAAGGUGGUGCCACAGGUGAUGCUCAACCAGAUGCUGUACCUUCGGUACAGGGCACCCUGCCCCACUUCAUCCAGGAGCCGGAGGAUGCCUACAUUGUCAAAAGUAACCCUAUCAAGCUGCGCUGUCGAGCUGUGCCUGCCUUACAGAUCUUCUUCAAAUGCAAUGGGGAGUGGGUUCAUCAGAACGAGCACUUCUCUCACGAGUACAAGGACCUCAACACUGGACUGAAGGUGCGUGAAGUGAUGAUCAACGUGUCACGCCAGCAGGUGGAAGAUUUCCAUGGCCCCGAGGACUACUGGUGUCUCUGUGUUGCCUGGAGCCACUUGGGCACAUCCAAGAGUCGAAAGGCUACUGUUCGCAUCGCUUACCUGAGGAAAAACUUUGAGCAGGACCCCCAGGGGAAGGAGGUGCCAAUCAAUGGGAUGAUCGUUCUGCACUGUCGUCCUCCGGAGGGAGUGCCCGCUGCAGAGGUGGAGUGGCUGAAAAAUGAAGAGCUGGUGAGCUCCCUGACGGAUGACAACAUCGACACCCGAGCUGACCACAACCUCAUCAUCAACGAAGCGCGCCUGUCCGACUCAGGCAACUACACCUGUCUGGCCAGCAACGUUGUGGCAAAGAGACGUAGCGCCACGGCAACUGUGAUAGUCUUUGUGAAUGGCGGCUGGUCCCUGUGGACGGAGUGGUCGGCCUGUAAUGCGCCGUGUGGGCGGGGUGUCCAGAAGCGAUCUCGGACCUGCACGAACCCGGCACCACUGAAUGGCGGGGCCUUCUGCGAGGGCAUGUCCGUACAGAAGAUCACUUGCAACGCGCCCUGUCCAAUUGAUGGAGGCUGGAAUGAGUGGAGCCAGUGGACAGUGUGCAGCAGUCAGUGUGAAAGGCAGCGAACUCGGGAAUGCAACUCCCCAGUACCCAGACACCGAGGCAAAAUGUGCGAAGGGAACAGUGAGGCCACUGAGAACUGCACAGAUGGACUGUGUACCCAGAAUCGAAAGCUGCUACAUGACGUUAAACCUCAAAGUAUGGAGAGCUCCAAUGAUGUGGCUUUGUACUCAGGCCUUGGAGCCGGCAUAAUCACCGUUGCAAUCCUUGUGGUGGCUGUCAUGCUGUACAGGAAAAAUCACAGCGAGUACGGCGUGGACGUUAUUGACUCCUCUGCGCUCACCGGGGGUUUCCAGUCUUUCAACUUCAAGAACACCAGACAAGGAAACCCGUUGCUUCUCAACUCCUCCAUGCAGCCAGACUUAACAGUGGGCCGGACAUACAGCACUCCCCUCUGCUUCCAGGACAGCACAGAUAAAGAGCUCUUUGACCCCCUGCCAGACAUCAAGGUCAAAGUUCAGAGCUCCUUUAUGGUUUCACUAGGUGUGGCCGAGAGGGCGGAGUUUCACGCCAAAGCUCCAGCUGAGACCUUCCCGCGAGAUCUGAGCCGGGACUAUUGCAGCACCAUGGACAGAAGGAAGAAGGGCCUGCUUACCCUCAAUGGGCCCUUCAGCUCCUGCAAAGAGCCGCUGAGGACCACCGGUGUGUUUGGUCACCAUGGAGGGAGGCUGGUUGUGCCAAACACAGGGGUCAGCCUCCUGGUGCCUCAUGGAUCCGUGGCUGAAAAUAUGUCCUGGGAGAUGUACAUGGUGAUCAAUCAGGGAGAAGCAAGUGUCCAAACACUGGACAGCUGUGAAAUCCUCCUGGGCCCAGAGGUAACAUACGGACCUCCUGGCCUGGAUCUCUUCUGCCCGGUGGCCAUGACCAUCGCCCACUGUGCAGAGGUGGACGCCGAGAACUGGAACAUCCAGCUCAAGAGGAGAACCCAGGACAGCAAAUGGGAGGAAGUCAUGUCAGUGGAGGAGGAAUCCACCUCAUGUUAUUGCCUGAUGGACUCGACAAGCUGCCACUUGCUGCUGGACCAGCCUGGCUCUUACGCCCUCGUGGGUGAGCCCCUAACGCAGGCUGCCAUCAAAAGGCUGAAGCUGGCUGUGUUUGGAACCAUGGAGGUUGGAUCCAUGAGCUACACCUUGCGGGUGUACUGUGUGGACGACACGCCACAUGCCUUUCAGGGAGUGGUGGCUGCAGAGAAGACCAGAGGCGGUCAGCUCCUUGAGGAGCCAAAGAUGUUGCCUUUCCGAGCAAACACCUUCAGCCUGCAGGUGUCCAUCCAGGAUGUUCCCCAGUUUCUGUGGAGCAUCAAACCCUUUACCACAUGUCAGGAAUUCUCGUUCCCCCAAGUGUGGUGCAGCAACCAGCAGCCCCUGCACUGUGCCUUCUCUCUGGAGAGAUACAGCCCUGCCACCGCCCAGCUCUCCUGCAAAAUCAGCGUGCGCCAGGUCAAAGGCCACGAGCAGAUUCUGCAGGUCUAUACGGCUGUGGCCGAGACCGAAAAGGAGUCAGUUCCAUUUUUUAUGCAGACAGACUGCACCAUCACGUCCCAGACGGGGCCCAAGGCCUUCAAAAUCCCCCUGUCCAUCCGCCAGAGGAUCUGUGCCACCUUCGACACUGCCAACGCCAAGGGCAAGGACUGGCAACUCUUAGCCCAAAAGCUCCACUUAGAUCGAAACCUGGGGUAUUUUGCAAAGCAGCGGAGUCCGUCUGCGGUCAUACUAAGCCUGUGGGAGGCUCGUCACCAGGACACUUCUGACCUUGACUCUCUAGCCAGUGCCCUGGAGGAGAUUGGAAAGAUCCACUCCAAAAGUUCCCCCAAGGACCAGGACGAGUGUGAGUCUGACUCCAUUCACAUACAAGCAAGCAGUCUGUACGGAACAGGCAGACUAACCAGUCAGAAUACAGAGGACUGCGCUUCUGAAUACACAGGCUGAGAGAGGAGAGAGAGCCAGUAAAAACUGACAGACUGACAUAUAUAUCUGUGUACGCACACAGUCAGUGAUGGACAACACACUGUGGCGGUGCGGUAGAAGGUCACGAGGUGAGUAGACGGUGCCAGUGUUCAACACGGCGACCGAUCACAACAGGUCGAGGUGAGCCGGCACCUGCUGUGGAUCUGCCCCUCUCUUUUAAGAACCCGUCUGAGGCUGGACUGUAAAUCUUUGUCUGCCUUUCCACUCAGUCCUUUCUGUUUGUUUCUAACUUCUUUUAUUUUAGGUUGAUGUGAAUUUAUUCCCCUUUGUGUCUGCUAUUGUCUGAACCCGCAUUAGAGGAGAAGGGAGCUCCUUUUCCAGCAGUCCACACGCUUGCAUAUAACUUUGAAUAUGCAAAUAAGAUGAUACAAUUGUGGCGUAAUGUUAGUCGCCUAUGUUUGAUCUGACACUCCCCUCCCCAUGUCAACAAAUGAAAAAAGACUUAAAAGCUAGUUUUUCUUUUCUUUUAAUGUCCACUGUUAUAUUUUUUAAUGGGAAGCUCCUGAUUGCUUAAAUGUUGUGCUAGUGAACUUUCAAGGCAGGUAUCUUCAAAAUCACCUGUUUUUAUUUAUUAAGAGAAAAAAAUCCCCAAACCUAAAUUUUAGCACUUAUGUGAUCAUUUAUGCAAAAAAUAAUCAUAAAUAUAUCAUCCCCAGUUUUACUCGAAAAAAAAAAGUAAGAAAGAAAACGAGCCAUUGGUUGUGGCGUAAUGUGGCAGAGUGAGAUUUCUAACCGUGGCAUUACAAUACAUUACAGUUUCCUCCAGCGGCCUAUAGAGAGGGAGGAAGCUGUAAAACAUCAUUUCCUGGCACCGUGGGGAGGUCAUCGCUACGUCUUAUCAUCCACUUCCCACCAUUAACACCCGUCACACAGACCUCAUAUCAGCCCCCGACACACCCAGCUGCCCCGUCUACCACCCACACACACAAAUACACAACUCACACACCACACUAACAUUUCGCGGCUGUAGAGGUCACAUAUUUUCAUAUUAUUCAAAAAACAACAAAGGAAUACAGACAGUGUCAGACAUAUAUAACAUACAGUAACCGUAUAUACUGUAUAUAAAUCCCACAUCAUGCUGAGGGAAUAAGGGAAAAUGUCAUAGUCAUGUGAGGUAAUGGUAAGUGAAAUGUUUGAUGACCUCGAGGUCGAAAUAUAUUGAAACAUUAACCCCUCAUCUUUAUAUUUGAACACACACUAAGGUUUGAAGCUGUCAGAGCUUUAGCUAGUGUUUGGAGGAAGCGUCUUUGUAAUUAUUUAAGACUCUUAAUUCAAGGUUCAAUUAAGUACUUUUUACAUCAGAUAUAUUCAAAAACAUCACCCAGUGUUCUUGCAGUGGAGAGAUUUGUAUGACUGAAAUCACAGCGGGUCUCAUAACAGCCUUCACCUUGCUAGAGAGGUGCAUGCUGGGUGAAUAAGGCCAAAUUAUGCAAAAUUAUAUUUUCUCACGUACUCCUGGCAGUCUCUAGCCGUGAACUUUCAGGUUAGAAUUUUCUGAUAUGUGCCACUGAGAUUUCUGUCUGCAACCCUGGUGAACGGAAUGUCCUUUGCUCUGCACCUAGCAAUGAAAAAUUCCACGGAGAGUCUCACUAAUUUAUACUGAAACAGAAGAGGGCCAGCAAGUGACAAGAGUGGAGCUGUAGUGGAAGGUUAGAAUAGUUGAAUGAUGGCAGGAGGGGAAAAACAGACCUGAAUUUUAACCAAACUAAACACUUAUCACACAUUUCUAAAAGGUUGUUUAAGGUCUUAAGUGACUUUAAGCUAUAAUAUAUUACCUAGACUUGUCAGCGGGACUUGUGGGAGCUGUUUUUGUAAACUUUUAUAAAUCAGACAUAAAUCUAGCCAAAAAACAUUUGGCUGAUAUAAAAACAUAAUACUAUGAGGUAACACAGAGAGCAGGCGAAUGGAACAGCCCAACUGGAACCUAUUUUGAAUUUUUCUCAAAACAUCUUGUUGUCAACAUUAGCUUACAAUUUUACAGUUUUACAGGCCUCACGCGAACUGUACGGAAACCUAAUUUUCAUUUAACUUUGAUAAAAAGUUGGAAAAAGAAAAUGGACUUUAUUUUGAAAAACUAAUUACCAGGUUUUGUGUGCUUUUAGACUGUUUGCAGAUGCAGCAUUAAAAAUCAGAGGGGGUGAUACAUUUUUAUUGUUUUCUUAUGUAAAAUAAAACGUAAUGUGGACAUGUAGACCAGGAGGUUGGUAAUAUUGGUAUUACCAAUAUUACAGUUAAACAAAACUAAACCUAAAACUAAAAUGAGAUAAACAUUCUUGUUAACUAACAUCAAAAUAUAAAUCUAGACUUGUUAGGCUAAAAAUCAGACUAACUGAAAUGAUUAUGUGAACUUGGAAACUAAAAAAGAAUCCAGAUAUAAAUGCAAUAUUCUUAGUUUUUAUUUGUCAGCCUUAUAAAAUUUGUUAUCAUAACUUGAAACAUUGAUAGAUUUGGUUUUGUAUUUCGAUGUCUGUAUAAGUCAUCUGCUUUCCAAAAGCUCUGUGUUUUUAUUAGAAAAACAUUGUUUUUUUGCUUAUCAGCACUGAUUUUUCUAAAUCAUGCCUUUUGCAUAUACCAUACAUACAAUAAUAAUUAAAAAGACUGAAACUAAUAAAAACUAAACUGUAAAGAACAAUCACACUCUGGAAACUAAGUGAAAUUAAACUGAAUUUAAAAACAAAUAAGUCAGAAAUGAAAUAAAAGAACGCAAAAGAAAGAAAAUACAAAACUAUAAUCUGGUGAUUAUAAGCUAACCUGAAUAGCUAAUAUACAAAAAGGCUACAUAUAUGUGUUUGGUAUACUUACAGGUAGAAUGGAGUAAGUUUGGGAAAAAUUCAGAUGUUUAGCAUUUGGUACCUUAAAACAUGUCAGAUUUGACCUGUUUCAACUCUUAAAUCAUUAUCAGGACAAAGACACGGUGUGCCAUUUUGAGUGUGUUAAAGCCAGGUUUCUAUCCAAAAGCAAAUUUUAACACAAUUUAGAGAGAAGGUAGAUUUACUGGGCAGAACACUGUAGCUGAAUAUUUUAGAUGAAAGGUUUUUUGUUUGUUUGUGUUUUUUCCUGUAACAUGAUCUUUGAACACUAAUGUGACAAAAACCAUUAAAUGUACUGUAACUGUGUGUUGGUUUCAUUUGAAGGUAAGCAUGGCACUUUCCAAUAAGGCUACAUUUCAGCAUUCAAUCAUAUACCAACUCUUCAAAUUUUGAGAGAUUUUCAAGACAGAGAAACAGAAAAGGGGUCAUUUUUAACUUCUACAUUAUACUGCAUAGUGAAAUUCAGUGGUAACAGAUUUGGAUGAAAAUGAACAAAAUAGAAUCUCAGACCAGUCCCCAGCAUUGGCAUUCGCUGGUAUUACUAAAACAUAAAGAGUUAUAGAUGUUAGCCUACUCAGAAUAAUAAAAUGUUGGCUAUAGAUAAACUGUGAAUGACUGAGUCACUACAAAUGUUGUUUUUUGUUGGUUAUUUAUUCAGCCUUUUGUAUCAGGAAAAGGAAAACAAAGAAUUCUUCAUUAUAACAGCUGAAGCGUUUUCAGCUCUUUAUCACCCUGUCUUUAACAAGUACAAAAUUGGUCUGAUGCAACAAGUGAAUAUCAACCCCUGCCACUUUUAUACAACAACACAACAGGCAAUACUGUAUUGCUUACAUUACUGUAACUAAAUAACUAGCUAAAUAAAUUAUUAUUUGACAAAGUUACAGAUAUACUAACUGGGAAAACACUGGGAUUCAGCCCCUAAAAAUCAAAAACUAGCUGAUCUCCUGUUCAUGCUGGGUACAGCUAACAGCAGUUCCACACAGCAGUCUCAGAAUAGCAGAAGAGAAGACUAACCAAAUGAUUUUUAUGGUCCAGGUGCUGAUACUUUUUGAUCAAAGUACAUAGACAGUUCCCUACCUGUGAAUCUAGUCCUUCAGCAUAUUUCAUCUGAGUUCAAUUCUCUUGACUAUUUUUGCAACAAAGAGAGGGAAACAUAACCUCUUGCUCGGUGGUUCAUCACAACUUAUAUGGUCACCUGGAAUACACCACUGGCACUGUACAUGUGAAAGGUUACAUCCAUCCGUUUUUAUUUCCCUGCAUCAUUUCUAUGCAUUUGUAAUCAGUUUCUAUUCCUUUAUUCUGAAAUUGAAGUGAAGAAUAUGAAAGGUAAUCUUUUGUUUGUCUUUUUUUUUAUUCUUUAAUUGUGACUAACUGGAUUUUGCUUUUCAUUACUACAAGCGGAGUGUCAGAAAAGGAAACGUGUGCUUUUGUAAUGCUUAGCGGUGGCUUAUGUCGCAUCGAGAGCAUCUUGUCUGUGUGGUACACACAAGCAAACUCAACGUGCACCUUCAUCCUGGAUGUGUAUCAGCUGUGUUUACUGUAUCCCAUUGACACGUUGAAAUUCAGUUCUUUGAUAAGUGAGCUCAUACACACUCUUACACAAACAUAUUUUCACUGUGUAUAAUGCUUUGGUGUAAGACUAACCCUGUUUCAUGAGAUAAAAACUUCACUGUUGCACCUAUGACUUCCCGUCACCUGAGUUGGUCGGUCCGAUGCUCUUUCCUGCUUCACGCAUGGCCUUUGGCUUCAUAUCACUAUUCUUGUGCCUUGUUUAACUACUGUAAAUGGUGAAUGUUUGUAAAGUACAGAUGGGGAUGAAAAAAAAGAACAAUUAAUCAUACUGACUUACAUUAAAGGUAUAAGUUGAAAAAAGUAUUUAAGAUUAUAAUAAUGAAUAGGCUGCAGAGCUUUUCUAGUGCUGAACAGCUAUGUUUGGUAAUGCCAGGGCAGCUUUGCGGUAUACUGUAUCUAUAAUUAUGGACAUUUUGGAUGUUUUCUGUACAGUAGAAUUUGCAAAUGUAUAUGCAGCCUUUUGGAAAUAAAUGUACAGUUGAAAGAUCAACUUGUCUCAAGUAAUUUUUCAUUUUCCGUUGGCUAAUGCACAUGGGAUGACUCAACACACUGGGGGGUUGGUGGGUGACAGUAAUACCCUCCUCUCUAGGGGACUGUAGUUGUGAUGAUAAUGGAGGGUUAUGCUUGCAGGCGUUGCUUUAUUUUUUGUCGAUGUAACCAAACUGAAACAAGCAGUCCACAAGGUGCCAGGGGCAAAAAUGUCAGAGAUUUAUUCUCUAAAGUGUUCAGUUUGAGUGUACAUGUUUAUUUAGGAGAAUGUAGAUUGGCUUUCUCCAAUUAAAUUAA